AUGGAAGUUCUCCGGGUUUUUGUCAAGCACCAAUCUUCCAGACUCCUUCAUCAGGAAUUGCGAUCGCAGCCAAACCUUUGUGACAUCAAAAAGAUCAAGCCCGAGUUUAUCAAGAUCCGCUUGUCUAGAAUCCAUGGACUGAACAUAAGCUGCCUACUCAAUCUCAUCCCCCUUCUCGAUAACCUCCCAGAGAUCUCUCUUGGAGUGAUCAGGAUCCUCACCACACAUUUGCAUAGCUUUACUGUCAGUGAGCUUCUUCUGACCGUGCUUUGCGAUGAAGUGGUAUUUGAUGUAGACAAACUCUCCGUUGGAGUCUACCUACUUGAAGGUGUGGCAGCCGUAGCUAUGGUUAAAGCGCCACCCUUGGGGAGUUCCGUGAUCGCUGAAGAACAUGAGACCUGCAUUGUCAGCUUCUGGGGUGUUGGCGAGGAGGUCGAGGAGGGCGUCGUGAUCGAGGAGGAAGUUUGUUGGUUUGCAGGAUUGAGAGCGAAUGACGUCUGGUCCCUGGAUGGGGUCGCGGCAGAAGAAGACGGGCUGAAAUGGGGUCAGUAUGGCAUACUCCGUGCUCAAGACGAGCUACGCAAGACAAACCUCGAAUGGACAUCGAUCCAUAUCGGCUUCUUUCUUGAUUUCUGGGGCUCCUCCAAAUCAGCUGCGAAAUCAAACCUGCACACUCCUUCAACCUUUGUUGAUAUCAAACAUCGAGCCGCUGCUAUUCCAGGAUCUGGAGACGUACCUGUCACGUUUACGUAUAGUAGAGAUGUAGCCAAGUUUGUUGCUGCACUUCUCAACCUUGACAAAUGGGAUGAAGCUACGUAUAGCAUUGGUGAUAAAGUCACAUUCAACGAGCUGGUCAAGAUUGCCGAAGAAGCGACAGGCGACAAGUUUAAGGUUGUUUAUGAUAGUGUUGAGACGCUGGAGAAGGGAGAGUUGAGUGAGCUGCCAGGCCAUGAGGCGAUGUUUGCCAAUAUUCCUGCACCCAAGGCCGUCAUGAAAAAGGUCAUGUCUGCCUAUGGUUUGUUGGCAGAGAGCGGUGGUUUCAACUUGGAUGAGAGCAAGGCUCUGAACAAGGACUUUCCUAAUAUCAAGCCUAUUACCGUUCGGGAAUUUCUGGAAGAUGCUUGGGGUAGCCCGGCCAAUAUUUUGUCUUAG